GGACUUGAAGCAAACCACGACCGUCCAAGAAUAUGCCGCAAGGUUUCGCAACCUUCUUGGUCAAAUUGAAGGAAUGCAUGAAGCCGAUAAAGUCAUGUAUUUUACAGAAGGGUUAAAAGGAGCAACUAAAGCGGAAGUAAAUUACCGCGCACCUGAAACUCUAGAUGAUGCAGUGAAGUUAGCUGCAAGUUAUGAUACCGCAAUGUAUGGUGCGGCAAAGAAUGUGAACAAACGAUACCAGGUUAAAGACUUUAGGCAAACUUCAUACGGGAGUUGA